AUGGGGUUCAACAGAAGCAAAAGAAGGAAGCGAAGGAAUUGGGUGUCAGGUCAGGCCUCCGAUUCAACAGAUACCACCAAGUGCAUAGGGCGGAGACCGGAGCAGGGAGAGCAUUCGCCAUUUGGCAGAGACGAGACGGACACCUCUGCGGCGCCGCCUCGGGCCUCGGCAGACGACAGCAAUCACAGCAGCGGCUCUACAAGAAAGAAGAGAAACUGCAGAAACCGCGAGGGCAGGCGCGGCAGCGGGCAGGCAGUCCAUCCCCAUGUGUUUGUGACUUUGUGCUCGUCCUCAUACCCCCCUCCAGCUCCCGUCUCCUCGUGCUCUCCACUGCUGCAUGCGCCUCUUGUCCUGUCCCCCUCCCCACCUUGUUCCUCCCAUCCCGCGCCGUCUCUGCACGAAGCAGAGCGCCGGUCCACCGACAAGGACAGCUACAACUACGACGCGCAGGCAGAGCCAUCGCUCAUCUGGGGCUGCCCUCGGUUACUCCUCCCCUCCGCCGCUGCCCCUGCCUUGUCCACAGCUGUUGUUAAUUCCUUCAUGAGUUGGCGUCGGCGCCAGCGGGGCGGAGGGGAAGGAGGCGGGGCUUCAGCUUCCCCGGCGCCGGCCGCCGCCUGAAGAUCCCUUCUUCUCCUGUAGUCCUGUCGUCGGGCGGG